AUGCAGCUUUUGGACAUCGAAUCGAGUCCAAAUUGUGACUUUGACUUCUUGAUGCUCACUGAAGGCGACCCAAUUCCCGAGGGUCCCGCCUACGAUGACGCAUCCUGGCCUUCUCACGUGUUCGAGCCUCGACAAUCCAGCUGGACCCGACUUCCUUCAAGUUCGAACACGACACGCUUUGUUGACACUCCCAUUUUCCCGCCCAAAUCCAGUCUUGCCGCCUCUCAGAGGGUGGAGAAAUUGUGUGGCACUCUUCAAAAGACCAAUGUGUCAGGCUUGAAUUUAGCAAGCUCCACUUUCGAAACAUGGACCAACACAUUAUGGAUUACGUUUAAAUCCGAUGGGACCUUGUCUGGCACCGGGUUUUCUCUUCGUUGGAGCUCUUUUCAACUCAUUCACAAGUGCCAGAGGGAGGUGCUCACCAAAUCAAUCGGAUCACUCCAACUCCCAGUCCUGAACCGAAAUGGAACGGAGCUCAUCUAUGUCAAUUCAGGCUCGAACCAAAUAGUUUGUUCCAAAACAUUUAUAGCGCCAGUGGAUCACCGCGUGGUGUUGACUUUCCAUCAUUUCAAUCCAUUGCACACACGAAAAGACCCAGAGGAGAAAUCCCAGGGUCCGUCUCCUCCGAGCAAGGGACUUUGUUCCAUGUCUUUGAUGAUCCAAGUGGGAUCAGCCGAGCUCGAAUUCUGCCCAAAUGAGUUGGGAGGUGAAGACAACAGCUCGGCAGGGAAUAUAUUCAUCUCCAACGGAAAUCGAAUGGUCUUGCGCCUACACUUCCAUCACGAGGGAAUGUAUUUUGGCUCUAAGUUGGAUCACACCGGGAUUUGGAUGAAUUACAAAAUAGAAAGUAACCAAUUGGAACAUGUGAGUGCUCCCCUGCUGCUCUCGCCUGAGGACAAUGUGAGAACAUUGACUAACAUCAACUAUCCUUUGGAGGCUCCCAGUAACUUGAUCUAUGCAACCACUGUGACCGCUCCAUCAGGUUUUAACAUUCGCAUAGCCCUUCCUGUGGGAGAGUGGAACCAGGAAUGUGGAGAGAGCUAUUUAGAGAUCCUCGAUCCUUACAAGAUUCCCAAGAAGGCUUGGAGAUUUUGCCAGUUCGAUUCUCUUUCACAAAAAUCGUUGGAUGGGGUGUUCAUCUACGUCCAAUCCUUCCUAGGGAUCAUUCACCUCCGACAGGUGACAGGACGGAGCUCUAGGAGUGGCUUGAAAUUCAAAAUUCAAGUGGAACUUUCUGAAGAUCGAGAUACUGCGCUUAAAGUGAUCCAAAUGACGAGACAUCAAGCCAAGGAUACGAAAACAGAUGUAUGUGAUAAGAACUUGUGCUUCAAUGGCGGGAGAUGCGACCCGACUUUGAGUGGCUGCGUCUGCCAAGGACAUUUUAUUGGUCCCCAUUGCCUUCAAACUGCCUGUGAUUCCCAGCCUUGUCACAACGGAGGAGUAUGUCAGCUGACCCGUGACAGUUUCAGCUGCAUUUGUCCGCUGAAAUUUGGCGGCAAAGUCUGUGAUCGCCAGCUGCGUCCUUGUGAGCAAGAUCCGUGCAGCGGAAAUGGAAUCUGUCAUGAGCAAGUUGUAGCCAAUGGUCAUAAAACAUUCCGAUGCCAAUGCCAUUUGUGGUGGGCAGGGCCGCGAUGCGAUCGUCGGAUGACAAAUAUCCCAUACAAACCAUUGUCAUCCCGGAUGAUAGAAGAGCCAUUCUGGCUUGGUCUCCUCACCGUGUUGAUUGUCCUGUUAAUAAUUGGUAUUUGCUGGUUUUUGAAGAAACAUUUGCCCGAGCGGCUCGAGAAAAUACUGGUGGAUGAUAUGGAGAUAGCCUUAGUCAAGGACCGAAGCAUUGGAGCCACAUUCCGUCAAUACACUCCUCAAGUCUCGGUGGCGUCCGAUUACAACGAGUUACCAAGUGAGCAUCGUCUGUCAUUGGAUAUUAGUCCAAGUGCAGCCGCAAGGACUCUGUUGAGCAAACUUUCCGUCAGGAAGCCAUCGAUUUUGAGUGUAUCUUCCACGGCCAGUAGUAUUGGGGGUUAUGGGGAACGCAAGAACUCGACCAGUCAAGAGGAGCUUUUUAUCAAAAGGACACCAUCGCCCAAAAGACGGAACAGGUUUCUUUCUCCGAGAGAUGAGGAGGAGCGACGAAAGAUCCUGAAGUCAUUGGUCACACCCAAGUGUUCUAAGAAUAGGCACAACUCUUUAGCUAGCUUCGAUCAACUGAUCAUCAAGGCUGCCAGGAGCGCCGAGGAUCUACCCGAGACCUCAAAUGUGUCGAAUAUGUUUCGGAAAGAAUCAGCCAGCAGUCUUCAAAUACCCGGCAUGAUAUCCCCAAGUGCAUUGUUGGCGAGCAAGAAGGUUACCUUUAGCCACGUGGUUGACCAAUUGGCGUGCUCCCUAUCGGAAUCAUCUUCCUUGUCAGAUUUGAGCUGUGCUGAUGACAUUCGUCAAGGCAUUGGGACAUCUGGACCAGGCUCCAAACGCGCAAAGAAACUUCUCCGGUCCUCCAGAAUCCCGUCGAAAAGAAAGCAUUCGCUCAACCUUCAGAGUAACAAUCAUGGCCCACAAAAUGGAUACAGUGGGAGUGAAGAGCAGUUUGAGUCCAGUAUGGAGUCCUUGGAAUCCUCCUGCACUUCAUUCCCGAUGCGAAGUAUGUCCAUGCUAAGUCCUGGAUCAGCCAAGCAGGCCAGGCAUCUUCAUAAAAUUUCCAGCGCAGACUCUUUACUCUCCAUGAUCAAGUCUCUAGCAGCGCAAAAAGGCAACAACCAUGCGGCUUCCACGCCGUCAAGUCCCCAACUCUCUGUAGAUGGGAGUGGAGGGGUUGUAGACUCUGCACUGAGCAGUCCAAUAAACCCACCCGAAACAUUACAAACCCUCAGUCAGAGUAACUCUCCCAGAAGGGAUAACCGAAAGGAGUGCUCUCAGUCAGCUGGGCACCAAAUUAAAGUUGAGAUUCAUGAUCAUCCCCCUGAGGACUCCUCUACGCCUACUACGCCAACCAAUGCACAAAGCGGCAAUCCAGGGGUGAUGUCCCUGGAGGUGCCAGGGUUUCAUUAUGGUAAGUGCCUGUCUCCAAUCAAAGAGCUCCCAUCACCCAUGCCAACUCCAGUUGCGUCGCCUUUACCCAAUCGAAACAGUCCUGGUGGCUCCCAAGACGAUAUUAGUACUUCCUCAAGCACCACCUCGUGCUCAACCACCUCGUCUCGGCGAUCGAGUUUCAGAAACCGCCACCGCAAGAAGGGGUCUCCAUCAAUCAUUCAACCGAUUGAGCCAAUGGAAGUCGAGGAGAUCCGUUCCAUCUGUGUUCCAAGAAUUCGUCGGAAUAGCUACAACGGGGAUGGAAAUGCACCCACCAUAUAUCAGGAGACUUCUUUUGUCGUGCCCAUGAGAGAAAUGCAGCCCCAAGUGGCACCAAAAAUUCAGAGAAAUGCCACUAUUCCCAAGAUUACGUUGACAAUGCACGAUGACUCUCUGGAAACGGCCACAAGUGAGCCCAAAGGAGAGCAUGCUCCGUGGGGGGAACCAUUUUCUCCUAAGCCCAAGUCUGUGAUGAGAAGGAGCACAUUGCCAGAAAACAUCCUCAUCCCACAAGUGUUUGUGUCGUGUGUGGAAACGUCUCAAAUUCAGUCUGUUGUGAGCCCCAAGAACGGCCGACUUAGACACCGACCUCCACCUCUGAUCAUUCCCAAUUCCAAUUUCCAAGAUUCGAUCAACUCCAAGUUGGAUUCAAAAAAUGAAUUCACCAAGGAGACAGUGAGCAUGCCGCCCAAAAUUGAAAUAGAGCUCCAGGAGAUCCCAUCAUCAUCGUCCUCUUCUCCAAUCCGACAGCAGCCCACAAAUGCCAAUCCCAAGGGUAAGAGUGGUCCCAUUGGAGUAAACUCUGAUGUCAUCCCAGACAACCAUCCCUCGUUGUUAAGUGUACAUGUGGAAUCACCCAAAUUCCUGGCACCUGAUAACUUUGAUUCUGCUCCCAGAUCCAGGUCGCAGAGCGUCGAACUGCCAGAGUUCAGGAUGACGAAGCAUGAGCUAUGCUCAGUUGCAAACCGACGAGAUCGUCCUUUACUUCUCAAGCGUCGUUCGACCGACGAGAUUCCUGCCAAACCUCCUCCGCCAAUCGUCAAUGCCAAAGUGAUGGAAAGUGGUGGUGGUGGUGGUGGUGGUGUGAACCGAUUUGGUCCACCCUCGUCGGUAGGUGCAAGGAAACCCACGCGGGACGAACGGAUGUCCUUGCUCUUAAAACAGAGGUCGUUACCCGGAGGUCAUCCUCAAGUUGUGCCACCAUCAAGUAACGAGCAAUCAUGGAAAGGUGUCAGAUUGGGAUCUCCUACCCUCAAGCGAGAUCCACCGAUGUUUCCUCAAAUGAAAGGGCCCACGGGAGCUUUUCCACCUCGAGGCUCAAAGUCAAGCCAUAUCAGAUCGUACGACAAACCCCAGUCAUUGGAUUUACCAGGCAUGACUCCGACCAUAACAAUCACUCCCAUGUCAGAUUUGGAAUCGGACAAUGACUCGCCCAUUGUCAAGACUUGUCCGCAUCCCCAAGGAGCAGCGUCGUCUAACUCAGGGAUGCAUUAUUUGAGUCCUUUCACCAUUAACACCACCAGCUGUGGGAGCCGAACCACUUCCGAAUCCAACCUGAGCUCCUCGGGGUAUUCCUCAAUGGCAAGUCCUGGUCCAAGUCGAUCGGGUAGUUCCAAUCCACUCUGUUACGAAAGUGAAGACACCUCGUCCACGCCCACUUCUAGCUCGGGCUUUUUCUCUUGUGGAAGUGUCAGUGGCAUCAUCAACCAAGGCGUGUUCAUCAGAAGACCCAGCCCCUUGUUGAAAAGCCCCAGUGUGGAUUCUGAAUCGUCGGAUCCCAAUCAGGCCCCGGGGUCUGGAUCGGUCACUCUUUUGCGACGAAACAACGGCUUGUGGCGGAUGCACGAAAAGGCUCUUCAAUACAGCAGGACUGACUCGGAGACAACCGAUGAGCAAUGUAUUCCCGAGAGCAUUUCCACCGCCAACGACUCAGCCAUUGACUCUCAGGAAGACAUUAACGACGAUGAAGACACUUUCAAUCCCGAGGGGGUCUUUGAAGAAUCAGGUCAGAUGAUCCCUACUCCUGUUUCAUUUAAGUCUCAAUCACCAGUACAUGGAUCUCCCACCACCUUUCUGGAAGUCAGGGAUUCCUCCACCGAGUCUGAUAAGACCGUGUUGUCGAUGGUAACAUUGGUGGAAAAUACCUCCAAAGAUUCCCUGCCAAGCACUCCAGGUUUGAGUUCUCAAAUGAGUUUACCUUUGCCCGAAAUAGUGGUAAAUGAGGCCCUGUCCCUUGGUGGCUCUUCUGAGGCCCAUACGGACAUGAAUGAAGUACAAGAUGAAUGGCAACGAAAAUCCGAUGUCCAUGUUCCGGGUUCGUCUUCCAAGUGUCAACUCCCCAAAGCGUCUAGUGUGCCACCAUUAGGCCACCAUGGAACGUCCCCCUCAUCCAAUAUGGAAUACGAACCACUCCUCAGUUGUUCCACUGUGUCUGCCAGCUCUUCUCGGAGCGAGUCGCCAAUGAGUGAGCGUAUCUUUGACAAAUGUAGCUCGUCUUUGUUGUCAUUACACAAUGCACAACGUCUUGCUGACUCGGAUGGAGCUCUGGAAUAUCCAAUGGGUCCUUUGGGAACAUCCAUCAUCCACUCUCCUUCUUCAAAGAAACAGUACAAAUUGAAUAGCCUUGGAAAUAGCCCAGGUUCAACAACAGGUUCCUCAAGUUCAAGGCGGAAGAAGCGAUCCAACAAAAGGAGGGUCCAUUUAAAUGGAACCGUCACUGGCACACCGACGGCAAGUGGGGAACUUGUGUUCCAGAAAAGCAACACACACAAUGGCCAUCGGAUGUUGAAUGGGCCGUUUAAAAACAUUAGCAAUGGCAUGAUAAGCGGUUUAUCAUCCCUCAAAUCGAGGGGAUCAGCCGAUGACAUGCCAGACGUUUGCAGCCCGAGGAAGAGUUUGAUCCGCAAGAAGCUCAAAUCCCAACAGCACCAAAGUACAAAAUCCGAGAUGCCAACAACUACCUCCAGCUCCAACGAAAGCCUCUUUUCGAACAUAUCUUUGGAGCAAGGGCUCCAUAAAGUGGCGAAUGACUCAAAAGACGAUCCUCAUUUCCUCAGCGUGAAAUUGUCCUCUAACUCGACGCCAAAUUCCUCCAGUGUUUCCUCCGGCGAUGAAUCUGGAUCCGAAGGUCCCCACAAGGAGUCGCUUCUCCUGGCCACUUCGUCUUCAAACUCGAGCAGCCUCAAAACCUCAAGUUCGAGCUCGGGCACCUCUAAGACCGGAAGCCCCUUUGGGUCCAUGGCUCUUCUACCGAUUCCCAUGAAGCUGAGACAACAAAGGCUCCGCAGCCGUCGCCGUCAUGGCCGCACGCGGCUCAGUUCGGAGAGCUUGAUCAGUGCCACCCGAGAUCACGAGUAGAAUGGUGCGAUUCAGAACAAUCGUUUAUUUCUUAAUAUUGCAGCUAAUUAGUAUUCAGAUCAUCACGCAUGAUCAAACAUUUAUUAUGAUGAUUAUCAUUAUUAUUUAUAGCGUGUCUAUGUUAUGCAUUUGAUGAUUUUACUAGAAUAUUAUUAUAUAGUAUGUGGUUGUUGUUUUGCGAAACAA